GCCUGUACACAUGUGCUUUAAUAUCUAGGUUUAUACUGAAAGUGCUCCAUGUUGUCUGGUGGAAUUGUUUGGAGUCCAGUUUUAGCUCAUACCGCUCCCAGCCUGCACCCCUCUGUGGGCGGCGAAAGUACAAGGCGGAAGCUCGUCUCAUCUGUCAGGCUGAAGUGGCGAAGCGCUUAGGAACUUUAAACGUCUAGUUUUAAAAAAUCCACAGGACAGAAUCCGACCAGUCCGUUGCAAACAUGGAGUGCCAGCGCUGGCUGCCUCUGGAAGCAAACCCCGAUGUCAUGAAUCAAUUUCUGAAGCAGCUGGGUUUGCUGCCGACUUGGCAGUUUGGAGAUGUGUACGGUCUGGACCCUGAGCUCCUGAGUAUGGUACCAAGGCCUGUGUGUGCGGUCUUACUUCUCUUCCCAGUGACAGAAAAGUAUGAAUCCUAUAGACUGGAAGAGGAGGCAAAAAUCAAAUCACAGGGACAAGAAGUUAGUUCAGAGGUUUAUUUCAUGAAACAAACAAUAGGAAACGCAUGUGGAACAAUAGGCCUUAUUCAUGCAGUGGCAAACAACCAAGACAGACUGGAAUUUGAACCAGAUUCGGCAUUGAAAAAGUUUCUCAUUGAAUCUAGAUCCUUAAGCCCAGAAGAAAAGGCAAUUUUCCUGGAAAAAGAUGAGAGUAUCCGUGUAACACAUGAAUCGAGUGCACAAGAAGGUCAGACAGAGGCACCAAGUAUAGAUGAAAAAGUGGAUCUGCAUUUCAUUGCAUUUGUGAGCGUUGGAGGACAAUUGUAUGAGUUAGAUGGUCGCAAGCCUUUCCCAAUUGUUCAUGGAAAAACUACGGAAGACUCUUUUCUAGAGGAUGCAGUGGAGGUGUGUAAGAAGUUCAUGGCACGCGACCCCGAAGAACUGAGGUUUACUGUGGUGGCUCUUUCCAAAGCUUAGGUCGUGUGCUCCUGCCAAUGACACCUUUUGAUAAACUCUAAAGAAAUAUUGCCAACUAUUCAUAAGUGUGGCAAGGUUUAGGAUACUAACAUUUUUACAGUGUGUAGAUGAAACUGAAAACUAUAAAAAUGUUGUGAUUUUCAUCCAUGACUUUUGCAGCCAAAUUAAAAGGAAGAAAAGAAAGAGAAUGCCGAUGAGUGUUUGGGUUGUCUACCUUAUCAUACAUAAGUAAAGCCCCAAAUUCAUGUUUAAGUCUCCAUUGUGAAAGGGUUUCAUGUAGUGUGAUGAUUAACAUAUCCUCUAGAUAUAUUUGGCUAACUGGUGCUCAGUAUUACUGUUAUGUAUUUCAUUUUUUAUUGACCUGUUCUCAUGCUGAAGCUAACAAGGGUGGUCUUUACACUUGUAGCAGUUGAAAUUAAGGCUAAAGGUUUGGACGUACUAAACAGCUAUGAAGAUUAGUGUGGAUCUAAAUAAACACAGACUCAGUUAUGUG